AUGAAAAAGGGUCUUUUAUAUAUCCUGAUUAUUUUCCCGAUUUUUAGUCUAUGUUUAAAAAUAAAAUCAGAAAUUAUGUUUUUAUUUUUUAUACCCUCAUUACAUAAACAAAAUGGAAACAAUAACAAAAUAAAAAUUCCAGUGAAAAAUUAUAAAACCAAAGAAAUAUCACAUCAUUAUCUUUUUAAUAAAAAUAUAAAUAAUACUAAUUUCUAUAUGUCCAAUUGUGUAAAUGCAAAAAAAAAAAGAAUAAAUAAUCUUCACUUUUUAAUAACAUCACCUGAAGCGGCUAAAAUAUACAGACUUGUAAUUAUAUUACUAAUAUAUUAUUUAAAAAAAAAUAUAAUGCAAAGUGAUGAUACUAAAAAUUGUAUAUCCAUAAAAAACAAAGACAAAAAUAAUAUAAAUACAAUAAAUAAACUUGUUAACAUCCCAAUAAUUUCUAUAGGAUUGUCAACUAAUUAUAUGCUUAAUAAUAAAUUAAAAAAAAACGAUUUUUAUAAUAUAUAUAAAAAUAUGUCUUUAGAAAAUAAAAAAAAAUAUGAUAUAAAUAAUUAUGAAUUUAACAAAAUUAAUAAAAGCUUGAAAAAUUUUAAUAUUACUUUUACCCCAAGUAUAUCAAAUGCAGACACUCUAAAACGAGAAUUAUCCUUACAUUAUUUUCAAAAACAAAUAAAGCUUUCCGAUCUUAAACAAAAGAAUAGUCUCAUUAAUGUUAUUUGGCUUUCGUCGGCUAUUAGUAUGUCAAAUUUUGAAAACAUUAAAAGUUGGAAUAUAGAAAAAAAACAAAAUUAUAAUAUAAAAAAUAUUAAUGUUAUGAGAAUAAAUUGCUAUGAUACUAAAAGUAUAAAUUAUAGUAAACAAAAAUUAAAAAAAAUUAAAAUUAAAAAAAAUUCCAUAGUUUGCUUAAUGAGCAAUAGUGCUGUCUUAUCUUUUUAUCAAAACUUUGGAAAUAAUUUUAAUUAUGUUGUAUGUAUGGGCAAAAAUUGUUAUCUCCUUUUGAAAAAAUUAAAUUUUAUAAAUGUAUAUUAUCCAAUGAAUUCGAAAUUGGAGUUGUUACUAAACAUGUUGGUCAAAUUGCACCGUAAAAUAACAAAAAAAAUGGAAAUAAAAAUUGAAAAAAACGUAAAAAAAAAAGUAAAAAAAACAAAUGCAAACUUGGAAGCAAAUUUGGGGAAUACCACAAGUAAUAAUUAUGAAAAUGAAAUUCGAAACAACGUUCAUGAAAUCGAUACACAAAAUUCCAAAUGCAUGAAUAAACAAAUCAAGGUUGUUCUUACCAGGGAAAAACAUAAAAAUUAUCAAAUAAAAAAAUUCCUCCUCCAAAAAAAUAUACCCAUUCAAAUUAUACCAUGCAUAAAAACGGAAUAUAAACACAAAGAAAUUACACACCUUUGCAACACUUUCCUUUCGCAUAUUCAAGAGGAUCCUUGA